CUACAUCAUCAUCAUCAUCAUCAUCAUCAUCAUCAUCAUCAUUAUCGUCAAUCUCAAUAACAAACAUCAAUCACGGAUGUCUUCCGGAACUACCACUCUGUCCUUGUGCCCGGAACAUAUUUUGGCUCUUGGAAUGUAUAGCAGCUCUUGUAUGGGUUAAUUAAACACUACUCGGUUGGACCAAUCCAGAAAUGAGUUCUACUGCAACCCCAGAAUGGUAGCAAUAAGUGUCCGAUAUCUCUCCGAGCAGCCCUCUGAGCCAUCUACAACUAGAGUACCCAACGAUUUUUUUGGCUCAGAAAAAAGGUAUAAAGAGGAGCGUGUUGUUCUGUUCGUAAGAGACUCUUUUGUAACCAUCAAUUGAUCUAUUUUCUACUAUUAUCUACCAAUCGUCUCAGGUCAUUAAUACCUCUGCCUUUGUACCAUUGUCCAAUCAAUACCAUCAUCAUGUCUGACUUCACCGAGAAGAAUCGCCAGUACUUCGACAAGAUGGCUAGUACCUACAAUGACGAAUUCAAGGAAUUCAUUAAAAAGAAUUGCGCAGAGGUCCUUAGCCGCCGUGCGUGGAUCAGUGACACCUGGACCGACACCGAGUCUGGCCGCGGUAGGGAGAUCAAGAUGCUCGAGUAUGCCUGCGGACCGGGUCCUAUAUCCAUGACUCUAGCUCCCUUCGUAAGCAAGAUCGUCGGCAUGGAUGUUUCAGAUGGCAUGAUCAGCGAGUUCAACAAGAGUGCAAAGGAAGUGGGUUUAGCAGACAAGAUGACUGGAGUCAAAGCUGAUCUUCUCGCCGAGUCUGUAUCGGAGGAACUGUCCGCAGAUGAAUACACCAACUUCGACCUUGUGGUGGUCAGCAUGGCGCUGCACCACUUCGAAAAUCCCGAAGUGGCCUUGGCGCGGUUGAGUGAGCGCCUCAAGAAAGGUGGUGUGCUUUUGGUCCUAGAGAUCCUGGCAAAAGGGGGCCACCACGACCAUCACGGCCAUCACCAUCACCACCACCACCAUGAAGAGCAGCAUGAUUCAGCUCAUGGGAAGCUUGAUUUUGGCGACGCUGAACACACAAUCGGCAGCCAUGGGUUCACACUAGAGCGGAUCCAGCAGCUCUAUGAAGAAGCCGGAGUAGGUCUAAAUUUUCAAAACGAGGUGUUGGAGCAUAAGAUGGCGUUCAAGAUUCAUCAGAAGCUGCCGAAAACCCUAUUCCUUGCUCGGGGACAGCGCUGCUGAACAAUGUUAGUGAUAUAGUGGCAGUUCGAAGAGUAAUGAAUGAGUGUGAAGGGUGCUUUGCUUUCUCCAGUUUACUUUCUUUUCGACACCAGACCAGCAGGUAGUCUAAGUUGCGUCGCAGUAGUUGCACCAUGACGCUGUGAGCCAGUCGACCAAUCAUAUUUUGCGAAUAGUCAGACGCGAUCCGGCAGGAGAUCAAGUGCUCGGGGGUGGAAUUGACCAUGACAGGUGGUCGAAUGGACAAUUAUUCGAGGUACUCGAGUAAGGCGACUGUACGAUCAUAAUCCAACACAUUGACGG